UUUUUUUGCUAGAUAAGGAAAAUUAAGACUUGUGGACAAUAACAUGAUCUGAGCAUUUCUGCUCUACAAAUCCUCCAGAGUUGGUGUCCACUGUGUGAGUGUGAUGAGUAAGCUCCUGAAGAAAUGAAAUAAAAGGCGGCACCCAGAUAUUUCUUAUUCUGAAAACUUGACCAAUCCCCUACAGCCCAACUUCUGUUGCUCAGGAAGCUGGGUGUUUCCUUCUCAGACAGCCUAGGAAGAAGACUUAUUUGGCACCACUAAAGAGCCCUGUGAACCAAUGUAGAGUACCAUCCCCCUCCCCAUGCUUCUGAAGGGGAUCUUCUGAAUUUCCAUGGCCCAGAAAUGCCAUCGCCACUCUAGAUGAGGAGCCAACCCUCUCAGUCCCGAGCCUGUAUGAAGUGAGCCAGGUUGGUUCUCAGCAGACACCCAGUCUAUUUCCCGUCCUCUGAUCUAAGCCGAUCCAAUGAGCAUUUAGGCAACCCAGGAUGAGUACUUCUACAGCACUACUAGAUCCUACUACAACUGAAUAUUACUACUAUGAUGGUGAUGCCGCUCCAUGCCACAAAGACAACGUCAAAGAAUUGACUUCCAUGUUCUUGCCUCCUCUGUACGUGGUGGUGUUCAUCAUAGGCCUGCUGGGCAAUGCCAUGGUGGUGCUGAUCCUCAUGAAGUACAAGAGACUCAAGACCAUGACUAACAUCUACCUUUUCAACUUGGCCAUCUCAGAUUUGCUCUUCCUCAUUACACUUCCAUUCUGGAUUCACUAUGAGUUGCAAAGGGACUGGGUCUUUGGGGAUGCCAUGUGUAAACUCCUUUCAGGGUUGUAUUAUUUGGGCUUAUACAGUGAAAUCCUCUUCAUCAUCCUGUUGACCAUCGAUAGGUACCUGGCCAUCGUCCAUGCGGUAUUUGCCAUAAAGGUCAGGAAGGUGGUCCUCAGCAUCGUGACCAGCAUCAUGACCUGGGGUGUGGCCUUCUUGGCCUCUCUCCCUGACAUAAUCUUCACUAGAUCUCAGAAGGAGUUUUUUAAUUACUCCUGCAGCCCACAUUUCCCACAUGAGACCGCAAGGACGUGGCGACAGUUCCAGGCUUUGAAAUUGAACAUCCUGGCACUCAUUUUGCCCCUGCUGGUCAUGAUCUUCUGCUACACAGGGAUUAUAAAAAUACUGCUUAGACGGAGGAGUGAGAAGAAAUGGAAAGCGGUCAAGCUGAUUUUUGUCAUCAUGGUUAUCUUCUUUCUCUUCUGGACGCCCUAUAACCUCACAGUUCUGGUUUCUGCUUUCCAAGAUGUCUUUUUUACAACCGAAUGUGAGAGGAGCAAACAGUUGGAUUUGGCGAUGCAAGUGACCGAAGUCAUCGCCUUCACACACUGUUGUGUCAACCCUGUGAUCUAUGCCUUUGUCGGGGAGCGGUUUCAGAAAUACCUCUCUCAUUUUGUCCACAACCACGUUGCAGUGCACCUGUGCAAACAUGUCCCAUCCUUCUUGAGGGACAGAUUGGAGAGAGCCAGUUCUUUCUCUCCAUCUACCGGGGAACAAGAACUCUCAGUUGAGUUUUAGGUUGGCCCGAGAAUAGCUUACCUAGGAGGAUGGCUCAUGGGCAUUCAAGUUUACCCAGCUGGAAUGGGAAAAACAAACCAAUGCACUGAUUUCCAGAUUGGAUUUCUCAGAUGAGUCAGUACUCAACUGGGAGGUGAGAUGGCUGAGAGGUCAGGCCCCGGGCUCUCCUAAAACUCCAGGCCUCAGGCUAUAAGAACACAGCUAUUUGCAAAAUUGCUCUGUAGUCACAAAGAGCUUUGUAGACCAAACAGAACUUAAUGUAAUUUAUUUUCUUUUGAGGUUUACUUGUAAUUAUAAAUAAAAGUUUCUGUACGCUCA